CCAGGAAAUGGCCCAUUAAGAGCCUAUCCUGUGUUUGUUUGAGGCCCAAUUAAAAAGGCCUUCGCACAUCACACGCCUCCCCUCCUCCACCUGCUCAAAUUUAAAUUCCAACGGUCGAAAUAGAACCACAGCAUAGCAAUGAGAUUAGUAUCAUCCCCGUUGCUACUACUACUUCGCUUCCCAACAAUUCUCACAGCAACAACUCCAAGGAGGAUGUCGACGCGUAUCGCGCGCUCCUCGAAGCUUGCAUUCGAUCGAGGUCACUCGUAAAGGGUAAGAAGAUUCAUCAAUAGAAUACUGAGGAACAAUACCCAUAUCGCAAAUUCGGUUUUGUUGGAGAAAUCGCUUAUGCGCACGUAUUGUGCGGCGAAAUCGGGCUCGCCCGCGAUGUUUUUGAUAAAAUUUCCCAACCAAGUGUGUUUCUUUGGAAUGCCCUGAUCAGAGCUUAUUCUUGGAGUGGUCACUUCGAUAAGGCGAUUGAGUUAUACUAUCAGAUGGUCGACUUAGGAGUUGAGCCGAACAAGUUCACGUUCCCUCUCGUACUCCAAGCGUUCGUGAGUAUGCUUGCUUUGGAGAAGGGAGUGGACAUAAAUAACCAUGCAAGACCUCUUUGUGUCUACCGCUUUGAUAGACAUGUACAUGAAAUGUGGGUGUUUAGAUGCUUCUCACCGAUUGUUCGAUAAAAUGUCUAAAAGAGAUGUCGUCGCUUGGAAUGCUAUGGUUCCUGGCUUAUGCCCUUCAUUUUAUGUUAUCACGAAAAACCUGCGCGUUUGCGGAGAUUGUCACCCGGUAAUAAAUACAUUACACUGGUUACGAGAAGGGUCAUCGUGGUGCGAGAUGUUAAUAGGUUUCAUCAUUUCAAGGACGGGCAUUGCAGUUGCGGCGAUUUUUGGUGAUGCUGCUGACACUUGAAAACACUGAUAGUUGCAGCUUCUACUGCUUCAUUACACAAGAAGCAAGGAUCACUGCAGCAUUCAUGGCAUUGAGUUACCAGUCCAGUUGGGAAACCCUGGCUCACCUCAAUCCGGAGAUCGGCGGCGCCUUCCACGAGCCGCAGUCGGAGGUAGCCGACGCUCUCCUCGGCUUCUUCUGCGACCCGAUCGACGCUUCGACGUUCCCCAUCGAUUCCCUCUUCGACUCGUCGCCGGAAAGCUACUUCUAUGCCGAAACCGAAACCGAAACCGUUCCCUUACCCUCCCUCAGCCACUCGUCGCUCUCUGCGCCGUCGAUACUCGCUCUGACCCCCGACCUCUACCCGCCAUGCGACAAAUUCGACCUCUACCGAUGCCCGAAGCGACCGAGGAGCUGCGGCGAUCUUUUUCGCCCGUCCAACCUCGUCUUCGAGCAGCCCGGUUCGUACAUCCGCCACAUCGCUGCGGGGGCAAUGAUGGGCGGUUGUCGCUCGUCGGACUUCCUAUCGGAGUUUGCGGCCGCACCGCCGUUAGCUGUGGGGAUGCAGGAGAGGAAGGCGGGCAGCGGGUGCUUGUCCGCGCAGAGCGCGGCGGCGAGGGAGAGGAGGAAGAGGAUCAGUGAGAAGACCCAGGAGCUUGGGAAGCUAAUACCUGGGGGUAAUAAGAUGAACACUGCUGAGAUGUUCCAAUCUGCCUACAAGUAUGUCAGCUUUUUGCAGGCCCAAGUUGGUAUUUUGAGCCUCAUGGGCUCCAUCCAGGAGAGAGGUAAGGUUCCGUUGCUGGUGGAGCAGCAACUUCAACUCCUGCUUGAAUCCACCACAAUCCAGGAGAAGUUGUAUGGGGAAGGGAAUUGCCUGGUUCCCAACAAGAUAGUGGACACCAUGGCUAAGGACAAGGAGAUCAAAUCCAACAUGUUGGUCUCGAGAGAUCUCGAUCGCUUCAUCGAGUCGAUGAGAUGAAUUUCGUGGUUGGUUAUGUGGAUUCUGGCUCUGUUGUGUGUGAUUGAUCAGUAGAUUAGGUGUAGAGUUUUCAUAUUCUUUAUUUCUUUUUCCUCUUUUUUUUUCCACUUCAAUUCUCGUGUAUGUAAUUUGCUUGUAUCUCUCAUUAAAUCUGUAAUUUCUUCCAUGUAGCCCCAUUCCAUGCUUGGAAUAUUACUCGUUUCUUGAGUCGAAAUUUUUU